UUUCUCGAAGGGUCUUUUUAAUUUUCAGCGCAAACGUCAUCGGAGCACCGCCUUCGCUUUCUCCCUUGAACGACACCUUUCCUUGAAAGUGUGCUCCAUUUUCCCUUUCCCACUGAUCAGCAGUGUGAGGCGUGGAGCACGUAAGGUGUGUACCACUUACGCGUGGCGAGUUUUUCGCGUCAUUCUACCUGACGACGUGAUCAAGCCGGCCUUUCGUUGAAGAAGCACAGUUGCGGAAAACUCCUGAAAAAUGGCGUCUGACCCGACGAAAAGGAUUCUUGUUUUCAAGAACAAAGGAAAAGAUCAAGAUGAAAUGCGAAGGAGGAGAAAUGAAGUUACAGUGGAACUUCGCAAAAACAAAAGGGAGGAAUCCUUGCAAAAGAGGAGAAAUGUUCCAAUUGGAGAUUCAACAGAUGAGGAAGAGAUGGUCCACUUGGGAUCCACUGAUCUUGCGUCACUUGUUCAAAGUGCUCAAAGCACGGACCCAAUGAUCAAACUUACAGCUGUUCAGAAAGCUCGGAAGAUGUUGUCAUCAGAUCGGAACCCUCCAAUUGAUUCUUUGAUUGAAAGUGGUAUCCUUCCCAUUCUUGUUCAGAGCCUCCAGUGUAGUGACAACACCUCACUCCAGUUUGAAGCUGCUUGGGCACUUACCAAUAUUGCAAGUGGAACUUCGGCUCAAACCAAGGCAGUUGUUGAAGCGGGUGCUGUUCCCUAUUUCCUUCAACUUCUCAGCUCCAGUCAACAGAAUGUGUGUGAGCAAGCUGUUUGGGCCUUAGGUAAUGUUAUUGGUGAUGGUCCUGGUCUGCGAGACUACGUCAUUCAACUGGGUGUUGUGCAGCCUCUCCUAUCUUUCAUCACUCCAGAGGUUCAAAUUUCAUUUUUAAGGAAUGUCACUUGGGUCAUUGUUAAUCUUUGUCGAAGCAAAGACCCUCCUCCCCCAGUUGACACAAUUAAGCAGCUGCUGCCAGCGCUCGUUUUCCUCAUCCAUCAUGUGGAUACGAAUAUCUUGAUUGACACUGUGUGGGCGCUGAGCUACCUUACUGAUGGUGGUAAUGAGCAAAUCCAGUUGGUUAUUGAUAGUGGUGUAGUUCCACAUCUCAUUCCUCUAUUGUCACACAAGGAAGCUAAGCUACAGACAGCAGCUCUCCGAGCAGUUGGCAACAUUGUUACUGGUACUGAUGAACAAACUCAAGUUGUUCUGAACUGUGAUGCUCUUUCACAUUUCCCAGCCCUCCUGUCCCACCAGAAGGAAAAAAUUUGCAAGGAGGCAGUUUGGUUCUUGUCCAAUAUCACUGCUGGUAAUAAGAUGCAGGUUCAAGCAGUAAUUGAUGCUGGCCUUCUGCCAAUGAUUAUUGAGAAUUUAGUUAAGGGCGAGUUCCAAACACAGAAAGAGGCUGCAUGGGCUGUUAGCAACUUGACUAUCAGCGGAUCCCGCGAACAAAUUGCUCAGUUGAUCCAGGAGGGCGUUGUUCCUCCUUUCUGUAAUCUAUUGACAUGCCAGGACACUCAAGUUAUCCAGGUGACUCUUGACGGUAUCAAUAAUAUGCUCAAGAUGGCUGGACCUCAAGUGGAGACCCUCACAAACAUGAUUGAAGAAUGUGGAGGCCUGGACAAAAUUGAAGCUCUCCAGAAUCAUGAAAACUUAGACAUCUACAAGGUGGCAUAUGAAAUCAUUGAGCAGUACUUCUCUGAUGAGCCUGAAGAUGAAGAUAUCAUGCCCCAGUCAACAGAAACAGGUUUUGCAUUUGACCCCAGCCAAUCCAUACCUAGUGAAGGAUUCAAAUUUUAAAUCAAUGGUCUCUCAGGAGCUGUUCCUACUUUAAGGGACUUGAAUAAAUUGACAAGUGUUUGAAUUAAGAAGAAAAUGAAUGAACAAUUCAAAAAUCGGUUUUUAAUUUCUAGGACUUGUAUCAACAUAUGGUUUUCAGAUUGACCAGAUGUAAGUUUAUAUUUGUCCUGUAUAUUAAAGUGGAAGCAAAUUUCACUGCUAGAAUAUAUGACGAGUGAAUGUUGGUUUACACGAGAAGUAUGAAUAUUAGUGUUGUGCAAGACAAAUGUUUAGAAAAAAUUUCAAGUUAAAAUUCUGGAUGAUUCCUUUUCUCUCUUAACUCUUAUGUUUGCUUUUAAACAGUGCAAUUGUUGCUUUUCCAUUUUAUGAAAAACAACUAUGUCUCUUCUAUUUAAAGUAUAUGUUAUUGUUGAGUGGCAGGUGCCAAUGAAGUUACACAGGGUUAAUUUGUGUCUAAUUUUAAAUAUUUCUGAACUGCUCACUUGUAACUGAACUGAAAUUUAAUAUUUAAGCAUUGUGGCAUAUUUUUGUGUAUUCAUUCAUGGUCAUUUGAUGACCGUAUUAUGUGAGUAAGCAGUUCUUUUGACAAACAUCCUUUUCUGUGUAUUUUUUUCCCUGUGAAGGGGGGCAUAAGUACUUCUGAUAUCUGGUCAUAUUGAUUGAGUCCUCCUGUCGGUUUUGACUCUGGUCUUCAUUGGUCCGAUUUAAUCUUGUUGGUUUUUAAAGCUAUUGUCGGGCUCUACAGUUUAGUUCCUUUUCAAGAAAAUCUCUUUUAAACAUUUCUUAUGUUUUUUCAAUUUUGUUAAUCAUAAUAAUCUUGAUAUUUAUAACUUGACAUGCAUCUGCACUGAUUUGCUCCUACUUGUCAUAGUAGGUUGAUCAUAUCGACUAGUUCAUUCAGUGAAGACCCAGUCGUUUGAUAAUGCUCUAGUGAAGCAUUGGAAUCUCUUUGAAGUUUGUUUUGAUUUGGAAUUUUUUAUUAGCAUGGAAAAAAAAGAGAUUUUCUUGUGGAGGUCAUUGGCACAAAUACAUAUGAAUUUUUCUAUUGUAAGUGUUCAGUAUCUAUUGGCAUUUGCAAAUGUAAAAAUUAGUUGACAGUGUGAAGGUGGUAUGUGUGUCCUUAUGUAUGAAAGUGAAAAGCCUUAAUUGCAAGAUCUUCUGAGAUGGUUAAAUUUUGUUUAGGUCCUGCUUUGACUGUGAUUGUCAAACAAUUACUUACAGACCUCUUUCUUUUUAUAAAAAAAUGUGUCCAUCUUUUUUUGUUAAUGUGUACAUUUGGUUAAAAUGUAUAUCCAUGUUUGACGCUAAGCAACAUGGUUUUGGCUGUGACACAAACCGGGCCUGGAGGUUGAAGUUUGCAGUUGAAAAACAUGUCCUCACCGCCUUGUGAGGAAUCAGUUGCUUCUAAAAGGAUUGAUGUAUGUAUAACACAGUACAUUUGUCAACCAGAAUAUUGAAUUCUAUUUUUUAUUCAACUGACUUUCACUGAGCGGCAUGGAGUGAUUGCAAAUUAUUCAUUCUUGUUGUACUUCUUUAUAGUAUUGUUUAUGUUGUCCAUACUGUUGAAUGAUUACCUCAUGUGCCCAGUUUGUUGUUAAAAUAGAUGCAUCAAUGCAUAUUUUCUGUACGCAUUCCACAUUGGAACUUUUUACAUAAAAAAUAAAAAAAAACAUCAAAAUUAGCUCUUAGCAGUAUUCCCACUUGGGGAUACUCACUUGCCAUGAAAGGCUUCAAACUUGUUGACUGAAGUGAUGAAUGAAUGUUGUAGAUGAUAUAUUCUCAUCUGUAAAUAAUUUCAAUAAAUAUAGCAAGUAAUUUUUUUUCA